AGGAGGAGACUUGCUUCAGAAGGGAAUAGGAGCCGGAGAGCGAUUCCAAAACAGCUGUCCCGCAGGCGUCCCAGUCGACAGAAGAGCAACCCCGAGGCAGAGACAGGAGGCAGGGCCGAGUCAACAAGCCACACGAGCAGAACAGCAGCCACUGGACACACACACACACACACACACACACACGUCUCCAGCGCACAUCAACCACAGAGGUUGCAGCGUUCAGGAGAACACGAGCAAUACCUGGGAAGGCUCAAGGUCCCCCUUACCGGAACAUCAGAGGAGAGUGGCCAUUUGACCUUUCUACACCAUCGGGCACAUCACCAGUCCUGCUUGGAAUCCCAUUACCUAAUCGAUGCGGCAAAUGCUGAGAUGCUUUCUGGAGUCCUUUUCUCCCCGGUGCAUUACUGAGAAUGUAACUGGAGCUCCUCCCCGGGGGAAGUGCAACGUCCACAACUUGUAGAGCAUUUCCGACUUUUCUAUUCCUGCAUAUCUGUGAUCUCUUCUGCAGUUACAGCCAUGCCAGCCAAAGCACCCAUCUACCUGAAACCCAACAAUAAUAAGAAGGGAAAGAAAUUUCGUCUCAGAGAUAUUUUGUCCCCGGACAUGAUCAGUCCGCCCCUUGGGGACUUCCGACACACCAUCCACAUCGGCAAGGGCGGUGAGAGAGAUGCCUUUGGAGACAUGUCUUUCCUCCAGGGAAAGUACGAACUACUCCCAGGGAAGGGAGACGUCCACCCUCAGUACGCCAUCCACAGUGAGUUUCUGAGAGCAAACAGCACCGGGGACGCGUCCUUUGCGGAGACCCCCUCUCCGGUGCUGAAGAACGCCAUCUCCCUCCCAACUAUUGGUGGCUGCCAAGCGCUUACCCUCCCCCUCAUCUCCUCCACUGUGUUGCCAAUGCCUCCGGAGCCGCUGGAGGACAUUAUGGGGUCCACCAUAAAACCUGACAGCGCAGAAGAGGUUGAGAUCCUGCAGAUGGAGACCCUGUUGCGCUCCAUUGACGUCUUCAUCAGCGAGCCUUCAUCUCCCAUCUCAGAUAUGCAAACAAAGCCCGACGUCCUCCUGGAUCUGCUGGAGAGCACGCAUAAGUCCACCUUUAAGGCGGUCGCCAAGACUAACGAAAAAAACAAGAGUGAAGCCAGGUUUGACAAGCCAUCGUCCUAUUAUAUCAACGGUCACAGCAGCAGCGCCUUCAAAGCUAACAGAAGCCUGAACCGUGAUAUGAGCCGAGGCAGCUGUGACAGCAUAAGCGGUAAAACGGACUUCCAAAAUGAGAUCUGCAAUGGCAGUAGGCGUGUCAAUGGCAACGCCAAUUGCAAUGGUUAUGAAAUAUUUAACCAAGACAUUAACCUGGGCUUCAAGCAGGAGCUCUUGAAGUGUAACGGAGAGUGGGUGGACAGGGACAGUGGGGUCGAGGAGGGCCGCAUCUGUGAUUUGGAGUUUGAGUUUCUCAAGGAGAAGAGCAUGUCCGAGGAUUCCCUCACACACAUCACAGGGUCUUUCCUCUCCCUUGAACUCGACCUAGGCCCGUCCAUCUUGGACGAUGUGCUGAACAUAAUGGAUAAACCUGCAGAAAAGAGCAGGCCUUGAGCUGUGCUUAGGACCCAGCAGGAGAAAGGGAAUUACUAGGCAGCAGCCACGAGGAGAGAAAGACUCAAAAAGCAAUCAAAAUGGUGUCUGGAUAUAUCAUUGAGAUGAAAAUGAGCUCAAUAGACGGAGCUGCUAAUGUUUUAAUGUCAAAACAAAUAACUAUUCUGGCUUCUAUGGAGUGUUUAGUAUUAUUCUUUCUGUUUGCCAUGUCAGCCGCAUGUUUAAGAUGCAUGUGCUAUUGAGUUACAGCUAAGCCACAGCCAUAGUGUGUUUCUUUUUUAAAUAACUAAAAAUGCUAUAUCAUAGAUUUAUGUUCAAAUGUUGAUUUACACCGUAUGUAUGUACAAUAACAUUGUGGCCCUUCCCUUUUUUACACAGUCUGGAACAUAUAACAUAUGCCAUAUAUUGUGGCUUUAAGAGUGUUAAACAUUAUUUGUCUGUCACAUUAC